AUGUUUAUGUGUCUGUGCAGUCACUCCUCCUGUGUGACACAGUUCCAUGUGGUGAAGGAGAAAAAGAACUGGACAGAAGCUCAGCAAUACUGCAGAGAUGAGUUCACUGACCUCGCCACCAUAGACAACAUGAGGGAGAUGAAGAUGUUAAAUCGCACAAUGAAUGAAACAGGUGAUGCAAAUGCUUGGAUUGGGCUGAAGAAUGGAAGCAGUCCUAAGUGGCAGUGGUCUCUGGCUGACAGGGAUUUCUAUAGAGAGUUCAAGAACUGGAACCCACCCCACCCAGGAGGAACUUAUAUGAACUGCACUGUGAUAAGAAUAAAUAAAGGGAAAUGGUGGAGUAGGCAGUGUGGUGAAACUAGGCCCUUCAUCUGCUAUGAUGACAAACUGGUUCUGGUUCGUCAGAAUAAGACCUGGAAAGAGGCGCAGCAGUACUGCAGAGAGCACCAUGUGGACCUGGUGUCUGUGACCUCUGAGCAGAUCCAGCGCUGGGUGAGGGGGCGGGCUAAAGGAUCCUCCAGUACUCACGUGUGGAUGGGCCUGCAACACUCCUGCUACAUGGGCUUCUGGUUCUGGGACAACGCAGAGACGGUCUGCUACAGCAACUGGGCCCCAGGGGGAGAGACAGAGCCGGACUGCACAGCUGGACUGGAGCAUCAGAGUGCCAGAGUGGGGGCAGUGAAGUCUGGAGGAGACGGGGAGGGAGAGUGGGUCAUGCUUCCAGAGACCGAGAAACUCAACUUUAUCUGCACCACUGAGGUCCACUUUUGGUUGGGCCACUUCUGUGUUACUGCUCCUACGUGUUUUAAUUGCAGCUAA